AUGCAAUUCUCUACUGUCUCCGUUGUUGCUCUAUUCGCUCUAGCUAAGUUCGCUGCUGCUGAAAACAAGGCUGCUGCCAUCUCUCAAAUUACUGACGGUCAAAUCCAAGCUACUGCCGGUACUGCUUCUGUUGCUAAGACUGCUUCUGCCUCCGCUGGUAAGACCACUGUUGUCACUGCCACUAACACUGUCAAGGAAACCUCUACUAACACCGCUACUCUACACGAACAAUCCAGUAACGCUGCUGGUAAGCAAGUUGUUGGUUUCGGUGCUGUUGCCGUCGCCGCUGCUCUAUUAUUGUAA